AUGAAACAAGAACCACCACCACUUCCGCCGCAGCACCACCGGAAGAGACUGAUGGUUUUUGCCUUAAAGAAGUUCACUAAACCUACUUCUUAUUUUAUCCUUCUUCUACUAACCUACUAUCUAGGUUAUCUAUCUGCACCCUCUUCCACCUCAAAAAAACCUACUUCGACAUCAAGAAUUCCUAUCCGAGCCACCGCCACCAGCUCCGCAGCUCCAGUAGCUGACCACAACAGCUUUUCAAUUCAGUGUGUCGAUCCGGUUAACUCGGAAAAAGUCCGCCAAACAGUUCUUGACCGAGUCUUCCAUGGCAUAUCCCCGUGGCAAAACUUCCCCCCUGCGCACGUUAGCACCCUCCUCCGCCAGAACCGGAUUAAAGGAUGGGGCUCCACCGGCGCAGUCUUCGAUAACCUCAUCCGGCGGGUGAGGCCCAAGACCAUAAUUGAGGUGGGCACAUUUCUUGGCGCGUCGGCUCUUCACAUGGCGAAGUUGACUCGCAAACUCGGGCUCGAGACUCAGAUACUCUGCAUUGACGAUUUCCGGGGCUGGCCCGGGUUCUUGGACAAAUUCAGGGAAAUGAAAAUGGUAAACGGAGAUGUUAUGCUCAUGUACCAAUUCAUGCAGAACGUAGUUUAUGCAAAUGCAACUGAAUCAGUCCUGUUCUUGCCAUUCUCCACCGCGUCAGCUCUCGAUAAACUCUGCGAGUGGGGAGUGUUCGCUGAGUUGAUUGAAGUCGACGCGGGUCAUGAUUUUCACUCGGCAUGGACGGAUAUAAACAAGGCCUAUAAGAUUUUGAGACCUGGUGGUGUCAUUUUUGGGCAUGACUAUUUUACUUCUGCGGAUAAUAAAGGCGUUAGAAGAGCGGUCAACAUGUUUGCUCGACUCAAUCAUCUUCGAGUUCAACUCGAUGGGCAGCACUGGGUCAUCGAAUCGAACUAA